UUCCUAUGUCUGGUCGUUCUGGUGCUCAUGGCUCUGUAGCAUCGACCAGAUGACAAUAGUUCAAAGAGUGAAUGCGCUGGAUGUCAGGGGUCCAGAGUGAUUGUCUUUGCCCUUUUGCUCACUCUGGAGAAGUACAGGUCUUGAAGAGUGGGGAGAGUUGUGCCAGUGAUAUGCUCAGCAGUCCAGACUACCCUCUGCAGUCUUCAGAGGUCAGGUAUCUGAACUUCAGCGUCCUGGUGGUGAAACGACACUGAAUGAAGAUCGGCUGUUUCCAGUUUAUUCCCGUCUCCAGCGGUGCCUUUUUUUUUUUUUUUUAAAAAGGGACAAAUAAUCUGACUGGGAAAAUGAUCUAUAGUGAUCAAACUUGACCAAAUAUGAUCAUCAGAAAUACAAACCUCGUAAAUUAAGCUGCUGCUGGGGGUGUUUUGACGUUGGUGCCCCUUUAUCUUGACAGGAAAUCGGUGCCUCAUCCUGACACGCUGGACUGUGAUGAGUGCAGAUUCCUGACUGACCAUGUGCGCUGUUAGGUAACAUAACGGCGCACAGAGGAGCCACUGCUGAGCCUCUGCCCCUCCCAAAGACAAACAGGAUCUGAACUUUGGGGUCAUGGACUCUCUUUCCAUAGCGAGAAGAGACAAUUCUUGAGUGUUAUUAGCGGAAACGGUUAAUAAUAGCUGACAAGAAAGCCAAAUUGUUCUCUUGGUCGAGCCUUGUUCUUGCAGAUGAAGCCAGAACAGAGAGUAUCCAUCCUCUGAUCAACAAUGAUUCCCAUUACUGAGCUGCGGUACUUUGUGGACACUCAGCCUGCAUACCGUAUUUUGAAGCCAUGGUGGGACGUGUUCACAGACUAUCUGUCUGUCGUGAUGCUGAUGAUUGCAGUGUUUGGAGGAACCUUACAAGUCACCCAGGACAAGAUGAUCUGCCUGCCUUGCAAAUGGGUGGUAAAUGAAACCUGUCGAAAGUAUUUCGAGGCUGCCUUUGAGCCACAGGGAAUCCGAUACGACCUUGACAGACACCAGUAUAACUAUGUCGAUGCUGUGUGCUAUGAAAACAAGCUUCACUGGUUUGCUAAGUAUUUCCCAUAUUUGGUGCUGCUGCACACGCUGAUCUUCCUGGCUUGCAGCAACUUUUGGUUCAAGUUCCCUUGGACUAGUUCCAAACUGGAACAUUUUGUCUCCAUUCUUCUGAAAUGUUUUGAUUCUCCAUGGACCACGCGAGCAUUGUCUGAGACAGUGGUCGAGGAAAGCGAUCCUAAAGCUCUAGGGAAAAUGAACGGCUCAAUCGAUAAAAAAGGAUCGUAUGUGAGUGAAGACGUAGAGGCCAGUGUUUCGAUGCUGUCUACCACCAAGUCUCGCUUUGAGCAGGGGAUUGUCGACCACUCUGAAAAUGGCGUCUUGGACAAAAAAGAGGGCGAACAGGCUAAAGCUCUGUUUGAAAAGGUUAAAAAAUUUAGGCUUCAUGUCGAGGAAGGAGAUAUCGUCUAUAGCCUGUACAUUCGACAAACCAUAAUCAAAGUAGUUAAAUUCAUCCUUAUCAUCUGUUACACUGGCUACUAUGUCCACAAUAUUCAAUUCAGUGUUGAUUGUAGUGUGGACAUUGAGAAUCUUACCGGUUAUCAGAUGUUUAAUUGUGCUCAUCCGCUCGCCACACUUUUCAAAAUUUUGGCUUGCUUCUACAUAAGUCUUGUUGUUGUGUACGGGAUGAUCUGCAUGUAUACACUCAGCUGGAUGCUCCGCCGUUCCCUUAAGAAAUACUCCUUCGAGUCUAUCAGAGAAGAGAGCAGCUACAGUGACAUUCCAGAUGUGAAGAAUGAUUUUGCCUUUAUGUUGCACAUGAUUGACCAGUAUGAUCCUCUCUACUCGAAGCGCUUUGCUGUCUUCCUCUCAGAAGUCAGUGAAAACAAACUCCGCCAGCUUAACCUCAACAACGAGUGGACCCUUGAUAAACUUCGACAAAGAAUCACUAAGAACUCUCAAGACAAGUUAGAGCUCCAUCUCUUUAUGCUCAGUGGAAUCCCAGAUACAGUCUUCGACUUGCUGGACCUGGAGGUUCUUAAGUUGGAACUGAUCCCUGAUGUCACCAUUCCACCUAUUAUUGCACAACUCAUAAACCUGAGAGAGAUGUGGCUGUAUCACACCCCGGCUAAAAUAGAAGCACCGGCUCUUGCGUUUUUGAGAGAAAACCUGAAAUCCUUGCACAUAAAGUUCACUGACAUUAAAGAAAUACCUCUUUGGAUCUACAGUUUGAAGAACCUGACUGAGCUGCAGCUUACAGGGAAUCUGAGCGCUGAGAACAAUCGUUACAUUGUGAUCGAUGGGUUGAGAGAACUAAAAGGUCUCAAGGUUCUUAGACUGAAGAGCAACCUGACCAAACUGCCGCAGGUCGUCACCGACGUUGGACUGCACCUGCAAAAACUCUCCAUCAACAACGAGGGGACCAAACUGAUGGUUCUUAAUAGCUUAAAGAAGAUGGUGAAUCUGACCGAGCUGGAGCUGAUUCGCUGUGACUUGGAGCGUAUCCCCCAUUCCAUCUUCAGCCUCCACAACCUGCAGGAGAUCGAUCUGAAGGACAACAACCUGAAAACCAUUGAGGAAAUCAUCAGCUUUCAGCAUCUCCAUAGGCUCGUAGGUCUGAAACUCUGGUACAACAAGAUCGCCUACAUCCCUAUCCAAAUAGGCACUUUGAACAACCUUGAGCGUCUCUAUUUGAACCGGAACAAGAUCGAGAAAAUCCCAAGUCAGCUGUUUUUCUGUCGUAAACUGAGGUAUCUCGAUUUAAGUUACAACAAUCUAUCAAACAUCCCAGCUGACAUCGGCUGCCUUCAGAACCUACAGUACUUUGCAGUAACUGCCAAUAGGAUUGAGAAGCUUCCUCCUGAGCUGUUCCAGUGUAAGAAGCUGCGCACUCUGAACCUGGGCAAUAACUACCUGCAGUCUUUGCCCUCUCGUUUCGGUGAGCUGAUCAACCUGACGCAGUUGGAGCUCCGGGGGAACGGGCUGGAGUGUCUGCCUGUGGAGCUGGGAGAGUGUAAACUGCUGAAGCGCAGCGGCCUGAUCGUCGAGGAGCCUAUUUUCAAUACCCUUCCCACUGAGGUUAAAGAGCAGCUCUGGAGGGCUGAAAAAGAGGCAGUGUGAGAGAAGCACACUUCUUAAACACACCGUUGUUUUUGAAUCCAGAGCUGGAUGGAGAAAUUGAGCACACUGCAUCAUAGAGUGACAUUCAGGACAAGCUCUUCAAGCGUUCUUAAUAACCAGAGGUGGAAAGAGUACAAAACACACUGACUUGAGCAAAUGUACUGCCACUAAAAGAAAAAGUAGUCUGAAUGUAAUUACUCCAAAAUGUUUUCCGUUCUAUUUUGUUCUAAUGUUAACUAACCAUGCUGAAGUGAACUCACUUUUGAUUAUUAACGGUAUUUAAACAAACGGAACGUUAGCCAAAUGUUCAGCUGGCUAGCUUCAUUACCGAGCUAAUUAACGUUAAAGAUGACACAUUUUCCUGAAGGCCAGGGGUUUCAAACCACUUCAGCAUUCUGUGAGUCCUUAAAGGACCAUGAUGCAAUGCUGUUCAUUUCUUUUUUUAAAAAGCAUGUUAUGAAUUCCAUCAACAAACUUUAAGCUCUGAAAGUAGACUAGGAUGAUUCUCGACUAAAGAAGGGCUAACAAACUAUUUAGGUGUUUGCACUAUUCAUUUCUAACUUUGAUUUAUUCAUUUAUGUUUUCCAAAUAUGGAAAAUACAAACAUUAGGCAAGAUAUUUAAGAACUCACAGAGCCUUAUCUUUGCUAAGAACCAAUUCGUCGUCUCCCUUUUCUCUUGUCCUUGUUUGUGCUCCAUCAUCCUUUUUUUCCAGCAUUUAUUUCUGAGGAUAAAUUUCAGGAAUCAAAUGCAAUUCCUGACACUUUUUCAUUUUUAUACCUGGGUCUAGAACCCAUAUAUUCAUAGAACUCUGUAAAAUGUGAACCCAUAUACACUGUACAGCGUAGCGUGCCGUAUACGUGCGGUCACUAUGUUACGGCUCUGGCGUGAGAGCUAGUUAUUAGUAGUGCAGCACAUGCUGUUUCUUUAUUAUAAUUGUAAGGUGAAUUGGGCAGUAUAAAACAGCAUGAGACAACAGGCUGUGUUUCAGCUCGUCGGCCUCGAGUUUGCCGAGUGAUGGGUCCCAUUAGCAGCACUUAGAUAUAUUUAACACAAUAUAAAAUAGCAUCAUAAGGUUUCAUACUGAAAAGCUUCUAAACAUCUGCUAGCUUGUUUAGUUCAUUAAGCUAGAAAAGGGCUUAGCUGUACAUGUUCCUGUAGUUUAAAUGUUGAGCUGUGAAUAUCGACAAAUCCACAGUCUCCUUGGAAGCAUUUAAAACUGAAGAUAGCUGAUAAAUUGGGCCAUGGAUGCUCAUCUAUCUCCAGUGUUCCAGACGCCGCUGCAGGUAAAUAAAGUAUGUCACCUGAAGUAUGAACCUUUUGGGAGAAAACUGCUUAAUUUUAUCAUUUGAAUUAUAUAAAAGUUGAACCUACUCUUUCGUUGACUUACAACUUACAGUUGACUUAUUUUCUCUGUAAAUGAUUAAAAAAAAUAACGCAGCAAAGUUGAGUAUUUUAAUGAAAAACUCAAGUUAAAGUACCAUGAUUGAAUUAUUCUCAGUAUAUUAUGCUGAUACAGUAAAAGAUGUACUCUGCUACUGUAAUGAGAGCACAUGUAGUGUGGUGUUACUUUCCACCCUGGUUAACAGCAUGAAGGAAAUAAGACGUGUGAAGACAAGCUGGAAUGAGCACUGAACACCGAAAAAAACACUUUCUGUGUCUAGAAUUAAUAGGGACAGGAUGUGUAUCUAUAUGGUGAUACGUGAGUAAUGUUUAAAUGAGUGCACACUUCCACCUCUGGUGUGAACUCGUGUCAUGAGCACUUUAAAGUCUUAAUUGUGAACUGAAAUAGAUCUGAUUCCCUUUACAGAACUAUUAAAAUGGAAAUCACCCUCUUUAAAAAUAUAGAGAGAGACUUUAGAGCCAAGAGAGUUUUGGUCAGAUUUGCAUUUUACAAACAUAUGAUAAUAGGAAAUAUUAAAUGCAUGCAAGAUAUAAGUGUUUGUGGAUACAUGUGGUGUGUGUAUACAUUUAAUAUAACCUGAGUGUCUUAGCACUGUAACUGGCUAUACAGCCUUUUUCAACAUAUUAUGAAUGUCAUUUGUUCUGUUCUGUGGAAGGGAUUUGAACCACAGGGUAAAACCUGUUUAUUCAGUGCACUUAAUGAUCAUUUCUGCAGUGAAAACAAUACUUGUUCAAAAGCUGUGGUGGAGCUACCAGUUCAUACACUGUCCGUAUUUGUGAUGUAGAACACAGCACUUUUUUUGUGUGUGUGUAUGUGUGUUAUCUUUCUUCUACAGUAUGUGAGACUCGGGUCAGUAAUCGGUGUACUGUAAGUGUGUUCAGAGUGUUUACGUCUUUACAACACUCGAAUUAACUCCAAUGCAAAUACAUGCUGAAACUCGUACUCAUGAGCAUUCAUGUACACACACACUCAGGUUUCUACCGUAUGUCACGUACAGUAUGUGGGUGAAUAUGAUUUCUUAUACAUGAAGAUGUAGGUUUAUUUUUUGUUCAUUAAUACGUUUUGGUUUUCAGUGUCAAAAUGAUGCUUUUCACCUGUGCAUUAUUAUAUAAUACUUAAGGGCAAUUUAUCAACCAGAGGCUCUGAUCCUCAAAUCCUUUCACAUUCAGUGUCACACUUAACAUCGAGAUAAUGAAGAAAAUUUCAUAAUGAAGAAAAAUGCACUGCUGAUAAGACAAUCAAAACAUUUUGUGAAGUUUUGUGCCAUGUGCUGGCUUUCGUUCAUUUUAUUGAAACAUCUAGUCCACUUUAUACGAGUGAACGUUGUCAGUUAUGUAGCGCUGACUUUUUGUGUAGCGACUCAAGAGCUGUUUCUUUCAAACCUUUUUUUUUUUUUUUUUUUUUUUAAUUACAUAAUGUAUUAGGUUACUUCAGUGUUGAAUUUGUAUUAGUACAAUACAUCAUUAGCUACGAGGUUUUCCCAGAGUUUAAUAGUUUAAAGUAUUACUCAGGUUAAUCCCAUUCAGCUUCCUACUGACGGAUUCAUCAGUCUCUUUCCUCUCCUACAGUAUCUUCAUUCAUUGCAGUUUCUAACACAGAAUAUUUGAUUAUUUGUUCAUUUCUAUUUAUAUGCUUUUUUAUAUCACAGAAUGUUUUUUAGUGGAUUCUUUUGCUCGGUGUUGUCUAAAACUAUCUUUACCUAUUAGUUUUAUGUAAUCAUGAAGCCACGCUGCCACAUAUAAUAAUCUUUCCCUGCUGAUGUUAAUGAUUAUAGUGAAGUGCAAGAUGAUAUACAGAGUGCUGGCUCCAAAAUAAAGCCCACUGAAAUCUUUCUAUAUGAUCUUAUGUUUAAAGCCAUUUAAACACAUAAUCUAACUGCUCUGACUGUUUGAAUACAUUUAAUCCAAACAUUUAGUCUAUUGCAGUGUAGACGAUUCCUCUAGCUGAAUUAAAGCAAUAUGAUUUCUUGUACCAUGUUUUACACAGUAUAGAAUAUUUUUGUUUAAUUUUUUACACAGGUCCUUGUCUUUGGCACAAAACAUGCUUGAUUUGCCAAAACAAUACUAACUAGUGUUGUAACAAUAUUAGAUAUCAUGUUAGAUGUAUGUUUUAUUUAUCUGGUUUCAGUGUGUUUAAUUUCUCAUUGAUUUGUCAUGAUGUGGAAAAUUUGUCCAUCCUACAGACAGAAAUUUAAUAAACUCAUAUGUAAUAAAUUUACUUGACACUGGUGAUAA